UGCGUGUGGGUUUCCCCUCUUUAGCAGUAAUUACAUGUUUUCUCUUUCUCUCCCCUGCUUGUUGCGACGACUGCGUAAAUGCCAAGUUCACGCUGAGAAUGGAUGUCGUUUUGCACGUUCGACAUUCAAUGAGAUAUGCUUUGAUCCGUGAAGUCCGCACCUUUUUUUUCUGCAAAGAGCUGUGUCCACACACGGUCUCGUCGUGGUAGUCCGCAGCCCCAAACGUCGUUGCAACGUGUACAUGUUACGCACACAAUAAAUAGAUAAGCCCGGGCCACGGCCAUCCGUCGGACGUCCUUUGGUCUGUCUUUGUGAGGGUUCGGCGCUCUGGCUUUUGUCUUUCUCCUUUGUUCUGCCCAGCGUCAAUCUAUACCGUUUUUUCGUCCCAAUUUUCCAUCGACUGUCCUCAGGCUGAGCCUAGGGCAUUUGGAUUUGCUCUUUCUCUUUUUUUUUUUCUGUUCUCCCCUGCCGUGCAGCCUUCAUGCAGCUCUUCACUCGCAUUGCCGUUCUCAUCGCGGCUACACUCGCACUUACCCCUCAAUCUGCCUGCGCUACACGCUCAUCCCUCAUUUCUCGUGCUCACAAGAUCGCCGUAAGGCACAGUACCGGCCUUGCUCGCGAUCUCCGCAUCGCGUUCACUGGCAUCCUUGUCUCCGAGCCGCAAUCUAACCCAGAACAAAAGGCCUACUGUGUUUCUUCCUCGGACGCAGGGAACGGCACUUCCUUGCCCACCAGUUCGGGCACCUCCCUUGCGAAUGGUCACGCCUCUCCGAGCAUGUCGACUUACGGUGGCUCCACCUUCUUCAAUGGCUGGUCCUUCUAUACCGCAUCGGAUCCAACGCAUGGAACCGUACAGUAUCUGUCUCAGAGUGACGCACAGAACGCAGGGCUGGUCGAAAUCAAUUCAGCAGGUAACGCCGUCAUGCGAGUCGAUACGACUCCUACGGUGUCGACGAACAGGAAUUCCGUUCGUAUCACCACUAAUUUGAUAUUCACGGAGGGUCUCGUUAUAUUGGACGCCGUCCACAUGCCAACGGGAUGUGCGACAUGGCCUGCUUUCUGGUCAAACGGUCCAAACUGGCCAGCUGGUGGCGAAAUCGAUAUCAUUGAAGGUGUGAACAACUAUACAAACAACCAGGCGACGAUUCACACCAGCGACGGGUGCUCUUUACCGACGUCUGAUACGACGCAGCUUAAUAUAGCUGGCACGGUGGUCGGUGGGACGAACUGCGCCGCAGAUCAAACUGAUAACGAGGGAUGUGGCGUUCGUUCCAACUACAACUAUACAUUUGGUUCUGGGUUUAAUUCUAUCUCGGGUGGUGUUUACGCAAUGCUGUGGCAAGAUUCUGGUAUACAAGUUUAUUUCUUCCCUAGAGGAUCGAUACCCUCGGAUAUCACUGCUGGCGCCCCGCAACCUCAAAGUUGGUCUACGCCGAUGGCCAACUGGCCCUCGACGGAUUGCAACAUGGCGUCGCAUUUCUAUAACCACAGCGUGAUAUUUGACACGACACUUUGCGGUGAUUGGGCUGGGGCCGUCUGGUCUGGAACUGGCGUCCCUGGGCAGUCGGAGAGUUGUGCACAGUUGACUGGAUACUCAUCGUGUUCUGACUUUGUGCUGAAUAGCGGCGCGUCAUUUGCCGAGGCCUAUUGGGAAGUUUCGAGUGUAAAGAUAUACCAAUAUCAGUCAUGA